AAAUAUAUGGUUUCCAUCCUUAGCACCUACACUAUAAAAAUUGUUCCAGCACCCCUGCAUGUAUGUUUGUAAUAUGAUGUGUAUUAACCCCUCUGUGCCAGUUGAUGGGGAUUCAAUGGCAUUUAAGAAUCUUUUCUUCCUUAAUAUAACAGAGAUUUAUGUCAAAAACCAGCCUAAGUGUGAAGUUAGUUCUCGACCCUUUUCUUGUCAUUGCUGGUUUUCAUUAACUUCUGAGGUCAUGGCAAAUUAACACAUCUUUAGCUGUAACUUCUGACUCCAGACUCAAGGGUGUUAUCAAAACAAUAUGCAAAACUCUCUUGUGCUACCAAAGGAGACUGGACUCCACCUUAGGCUCUUCAAGAGUACUGGGCAGGGUAGCAGAAAUUUUUCCACACUAUCAUUUUUUCCCCUUUUUAUUACAACAUAGUCCUGCUCACAAGGAGCAGCUGCUUAUGCAGCACUCCCUCUGCAGCCAGUAGGGAAGACAAGCAGACAGCUAUCAUGCCAUGAAUCAGAUUCUAAGGUGUGGUUAGGAGAGCUUCAUUCCUUACUGUCUGAAUCAAAAGCAUCACUUUUUGACACUUCUAGUUUUAUACUGACCCUGGGGGAGGUCCUGGUUUAUCCUCAAUUAAACGUAUUAUGUGGGAUUAUUUAGUCUAAAUAUCUAAGGCAAAGCAUUAGCUGUAGUACUGCUUUUUACCAGUCAGGUCCCUGAGAAAUUCCACCAGACCAGACCUUUAGAAUGUUUAAAUGACAACGAAUAAUGUAUUCUGUGAGUAGAAUCAUCAUCCACUGUUAGAUUUGCUACUUAGUUUUAGCAUAGGCAGGAAUAUAUUUGAAGACAGUGAAUGCUAAAGAAACUUUUUGGCACAUAAAAGUUUUCACAUGUGCUUUAGUAGUUAUGGAUACAUUGAAUAGACACAUCAGCAAGGGAGCCAUAAAGUGAGUCAGGCCAACCAACUCAGAUAUCACAUUUAAUUCUGUAACAAUAACACAGAAAGUUCAAUUGGAGCAGGCUUGCUGACCUCACAGGGAAACACACUAUUUAAGAUCAGGUUACCAGAUGUGCCAACAGAAUUUAGGCAGCUGCUAGCAGAGGUUACCCUGAGUGUUUUAACAGCGAGUAUUUACAAUCUAAUAGCUCAGACAGAAGAAAUGAUCGUGUUAAUUUUCUUUUUUAUCUUGCUGUGGAAUGAGGCUCAAAGUUGGGGAUUCAAGAAUGGAGUACUGCAUAACUCUAUUUGGUUAGAGCGAGCAGCUGGAGUGUACCACAGGGAGGCCCGGUCUGGAAAAUAUCAGCUCACCUAUGCAGAAGCUAAAGCAGUGUGUGAAUAUGAAGGAGGACAACUAGCCACAUACCAGCAGCUGGAGGCAGCAAGAAAAAUAGGUUUCCAUGUGUGUGCAGCUGGUUGGAUGGCUAAGGGUAGAGUUGGUUAUCCCAUAGUGAAAGCUGGAUCCAGCUGUGGCUUUGGAAAAAUUGGCAUUGUUGAUUAUGGGAUUCGCCUCAACAGAAGUGAGAGAUGGGAUGUCUAUUGCUACAACCCUCAUGCAAAAGAAUGUGGUGGAAUCUUCACAGAUGCAAAGCACAUCUUUAAGUCACCAGGCUACCCAAACGAGUAUGAAAAUAAACUAAUAUGCUACUGGCACAUUAGGCUACAGUAUGGACAACGGAUUCAUCUACAGUUCCUGGAUUUUGAUGUUGAAGAUGACACUGCUUGCAUGGCUGAUUUCUUAGAAGUCUAUGAUAGCUAUGAUGAUAUCACUGGCUUUGUGGGCAGGUACUGUGGAGAUGAACUUCCAGAUGAUAUCAUCAGCACAGGAAAUCUCAUGACCUUAAAGUUUUUGUCAGAUGCCUCAGUGACAGCAGGUGGUUUUCAAAUUAAAUACGUUGCUGUAGACCCACCUUCAAAACCUAAUGAUGAGAAAAAUGCAACUUCCCAAGGAAACACAAACUUCUUGUCUGGAAAAUUUGGCAUUAUGUGAACAGACAGAUCAACAUCACAGAAAAUGCAGUUGGAAUAUAGAGUUAUUAAGUACAAAUACCACUUGAGAUACCUGUUUUGUCCAAUAAGUUAUAGCUAUCAUACUAUAUUUGGGAUAGCCAGCAGCCACAGUCGCUUUUCAUCUUAUCCUUCUGACUUUUAUAAUUUCUGCUUUAUGUAACUUUUCUUAAUAAAGAAUAUUGGGAAAUAAAUUAGAAAACUGUACUUAAAUGAUAGACGAUUGUUUUCUAGAUCACCAGGAGUCAGUGAAACUAAGAACAUAAGAAUGGACAUACUGAGUGAGACCAAUGGUCCAUCUAGUACAAAAUCCUGUGUUUCAACAGUGUCCAAUGCCAGGUGCUUCAGAGGUAAUGAACAAAACAGGUAAUCAUCAAGUGAUCCAUUCCCUGUCAUCCACUCCCAGCUUCUGGCAAACAGAUGCUAGGGACACUCAGAGCAUGGGGUUGCAUCCCUGACCAUAUUGGCUAAUAGCCAUUGAUGGACCUAUCCUCCAUGAACUUGUCUGAAUUAAACUGAAGGAUUCACUGUUACCAUAGAUUUCCCAACUAAUUGUUUUUCUACACUAGCCACUCCUUUUCUCUCACCCCUUGCACCAUUUCAGCUGAAGUUUUGGGGGCCUGAUAUUUCAAUCCUUCUCCUCUCAUUUUCUUUCAUUCCUGUAUAUUUAUUGCUGUCCGAAUUCUCCUUUCCCUAUUCUUGCUUCCUUUCUUGCUGCUCUCGCUAUAUAUUUUUAAGCUUAAGUCACUUCCAAUGCCUUUCAAGUAAGUCUUGCCUCAUGAUAGUUUACUUCAAAGUGCAAAUUCAUCUUGAGAGUUGGUCUGUGAUAUAUCCCUGACAAACCCAUAUGCAAUGGGCUUCUAGAGCCAUAAGAUAAUAAAGCUGCAUGAAAAGCACUGAAUCUGUAAUUGUACUGUCCUUGUGAUUUUUAUCAUGUUCUGGAUUAUAAAUUAUUUAACAGAUUUGUUAGGAGUUUGUCUUUCUUACCCAGUGCAGAGUUAUUCAAGCCUUUUCUGUUCUCAAACCACAUUUAUUAAAGGGCAAAAAGAUGAAAGAUUCUCUGUUUAUGAGAAACUGAGGCACCAAAAGGAAUUGUCCAUCAACUAUCAGCAAACGUUUUUUCAACCUGUCAACAGGCUUCAUCUUGUUCACACCAGUUCUAAGACUGCAUUAUGCUGAAUUGAUAGACAUGUAUCCAUUCUUGAUAUCAGUUUAUAUCUGUCUGUUAACCCCCUGACCCCAA